GUAUUCUGAAACCCUACACCACCAGUCAACUUUAGAAGAGUGCUUCUAAAAUCUAAAUUUAAUUCCUCAUUCAAUUACUAGAUGACGCCGGAUUUCAUUUGAAAGAGAACUGUAUCUACCUGCGUUCAAGUGGUGAAUAACGUGCGCACGAUUUAAAAAAAUCUUUUUCCUUUAUUAAUAAAUUCAAUUUUACAGAAAGAAGGUAGAUAAAAUAUACUCAUAAAUAACGAAAAUAACUUUUAUUAUCAACGUGUAACCGUGUAAACAGAAAAAUGGGACUUGGUGUUGUUAACUGAAUUGAUGCACAAGUUAAUUGAAGGUUAUAAUCGUCAUAACCUUUUCCAUCAACAGAAAUUGUCAAUAUUUCUUAUAAUAAAAUGGCUUCAGAGAACGAACAAAUCUCUGCAUUUGCUGCAUAUGCAAUGAAACGUAAAAAUAGAGAGCGUUCGUUACAGUUACUGAAAUUACAAAAGAUACAUUCAAAUAUGAAUGAAAAAAAUUCGGUUCAAGUUGUCAAUAAAGAAAAAAACACAUUACCAUCGUCUAGCCAUAAGACCCUUAACAAAAAUGAUAAACAGUCUUCCUCGCCCAAAAGUUCUAAUUCUAUAACUAAGAAAAAUUUGAAUACCAAGGAAACGAAUAGUUUGGUGAAAUCAAAAUAUAAGAAGUUCAAUUAUAAUAAGAGUAAGAAAAAGAAAAAGAAAAAGUUAUUAUCAGCUAACGAUUGUCACGGCAAUGACGAGACGACGACUGACUUAGAAAAUUCUUUUUCUAUAUCAGGCGAUAAUAAUUCACAAAUGAAUCAAUUAGAAGGGGAAACAGUGAAGAUAAAUAAGAAGACAAAGAAAAGGAAAAGAAAUAAAAAGUUACGUUCGACGAAAAAUAUGAAUAUCAAUUACGAUAUAGUACAUGAUAAUUUUUUGAAAAAUCCCGUUAUAAAAAGUAAAUUAUUGUUUGAAUGGUUGAUACAUCCUUUAGAGAUUAAUAAGUUUUUUAAGACGAAUUGGGAAAAAGCUCCUGUGCAUGUAAAGAGAAAUAAUUCUAAUUAUUACAAGAUUCUCAUGUCAACUCCAAUAAUUGACAAAAUAUUAAGAGAACAUUAUAUAUUAUUUACGAAAAAUAUCGAUAUCACAUCAUACAUAGACGGUAUAAGAGAAACCCAUAAUCCUUCUGGUCGUGCCGUUCCUACAGUUGUUUGGGAUUAUUAUUCGAAUGGAUGUUCAGUGAGAAUGUUAAAUCCUCAAACUUUUUUACCUAGACUCCAUACAUUAAAUGCGACUCUUCAAGAAUAUUUUGGAUGUUUCGUUGGUGCAAAUUCUUACUUAACACCACCUGGUAGUCAAGGAUUUGCGCCACACUACGACGAUAUAGAAGCUUUCAUAUUGCAAAUUGAGGGAAAGAAAAGAUGGAGGUUAUAUAAAUCAUCGAAAAACAGCGACUGUUUGCCGAGAUAUUCAUCCAAAGAUUUUGAUCAGUCAGAACUAGGAGAACCUAUUCUAGAUACCGUAGUAGAAGCAGGAGAUCUUUUGUAUCUCCCACGUGGAACUAUACAUCAAGGAGAAACCAUUUAUAACAGUCAUAGUUUGCACGUUACUUUGAGUGUUUAUCAAAAAAAUAGUUGGGGUGAUUUCUUAGAAAAAUUGCUUCCAGAUGCAUUACAAAAAGCAAUUGCGAAUGAUGUACAUUUUCGUCAAGGAUUACCUCUUGAUUAUUUAAAAUAUUUUGGUUUUGUACAUUCUACAAAUAAAUCUGAUUAUAGGAACUCCUUCAGAGAAAAUGUCGAGUGUUUAAUUAAUCGUAUUAUAGAACAUAUCGAUAUAGACAAAGCAGCCGACGAAAUGGCAAAAAGUCAUAUUCAUGAUUUCUUGCCACCUGUCCUUGUAGAUUAUGAACGACAAUGUUCUAUAGCCCAAGAUGGAGAAAGAAUGACGAAGGAAGGAAUUGUAGAAAAUCAUGUGGAAAUUGAAUUCAAUACGAAGAUACGAUUAUUAAGGUCUCAUUGUAUAAGAUUGGUAGAAGAGUCAGACACGUACAGGAUAUAUUAUUCUUGUGAAAAUUCCAAAGAAUAUCACGAAUACGAACCACAAUUUUUAGAAGUCGACGAAAAAUUUGUACCCGCUAUAAAGGAAAUAAUUUGUCGUUUUCCCCAAUUUGUAGAGGUCGAAGAAUUACCAAUUACUGAACAGGAUGAUAAAAUUCUGAUAGUAAGAGAUCUUUGGGAAAGAGGUAUUUUAAUAACGAAAGAUCCCUUAUGCACAUUGGAUUGAGCUGACAAAUAAUUGGCAAACUAUUUAUGCGGAGAAUCGAUUUUGAUUUUUUUCUUUCGCUUGUUCUUUUUCUUUUAUUGAUUUAUAUCAACGUUUAUCUUACAAUUAGACGUCAAUUCCAUCUUUUAUCUUUUAUCUUUACCACUUGAGAACGAUCAAAGUCAUAUAUAAAAAUUAUACAUUGAAAUAUUUAAUUAUGUUGUAAAUGCAAAAAUCGUCUAACUAAAAAUACUUUAAUAUUGUCUACGGAAUACAAUUUUUCUCAUGAUCGUGCUUGAAGUCAUAUUUAAUGUUAUAAAAAAGAUACGUGUGAAUUGUUAAUUCUAAAGAAUAUUUAUAAAUACGAAUGAACAUGAUCUUUCUUUUAUUCUUUCAUAUUAUUUCUACCGUUUCUUUUUGCUUGCGUAAUAUGAUCCUUUCGCCUUCCCAAGACAAAUUCAACGUAUCCUAAAUAACCAUCGUUAUCCAAAUCAUCUUCUUCCAACACUCUAUCUAUGAAACCUUGUAAUAUAAAAAAUACAAUUUCGUAAAGUCAAAAAUAAUCAUCGUAAAAAUCGUGACAAAUUUAUCCGUAUUUCUUACCUACGAUCCGUGGCAAUUCGUCUUCUUGUAUUUGUGGCUCAUCCUCCACAAAAUUUCUACCUUCUUCAUCGACCAUAUUAUAUUCGUGAAAAGUAUGUUGAAUGGCAUGAAGAAUUUCAAGGCCAUCUAAUUUCGUGUUAUUAUCGAUAUCGUGCACUCUACGAUUAAAAGAUACUAAUCAAGUUCUUUACGAUACGUGUAACGAUACUUAACUGGAGAUAAUUCGACAAAUCCUACUUGAAGUAAUGGAAUUCGAUCUCCUGUUCGCUCAUUUUGGAAAAAUCAAGCUGGGACGCUAUCGGUCCCAUGUCUUCUUUCAAAUGACUAAAAACGAUAAAACAUUUACAUAUAUUUCGUGGAAGGUGAAAGGAAUGGUUGGAUCGUUAUAACAAAUAUUUAUGGAAAACGAACGUGGCAUCGUGAAGCAAUUCGGUAUCUUGCGUCAACUUAACACCUUUAUGAGGUGAAUAAUGAUGAUGGGAAACGGAGCUUCUCGGAUGAUGUGGACCACGUAAUCCGACCGCAGAAGCGAUACAUAGACCGAAGAAAAAUGCUAACAGCAUUUGUUAGUCUGAAACACUUCAACGAAAGUGAAACAUCAGCGGAUCAAGAGAAGCAGCAAAGUCAUGCGUUAAAGAAACAUGUACGGAUUCGCUUAAGCAUCAUUUUAAUUCGAUCAGCAGUUUGGAUAGGUGGGAUCAGUUUCUAUCAUCGUUUCUUUCCUAAUGUUCACUGAUCAGCAAAAGUUCGUAAGAACGAAGGGUAGAAUCGACAUUGAACGACAUUCCGAUUACGUCCAGACGACAAUAGGACCUGCUGGGUCACGUUCAUCGGGCAUGUUGCUAUAGAAGCACCUAUUCGUUCUUGAAGGGGUCGAAUACCCCCUUGGCUAGCGACAGAUGGACGGUAGAGGGGGUCCCGAUAAUUAUUAUGCGAUUACCCACAAGCCCAUUGAUUUAGUUUGAACCCCAGGGAUAUACCGUUCGGUACUUGUACUACGCUCUUAUCAUAAGUUACUAUUAAACUUGACAUUUUUAUUCCGACGGAACUUUAUUCGUAUUGAAAUAGAAUAAUAACGAUCGAAAGGAGAAUAUUAUCUUAGACCUAGUGCGAAGAUCAUAACGUGUAAUGCUUGUGAACCGUGUUUGAGAGUUGUAUCGAGAUGGAUAUAAAUAAAAGGAACAUUUUCGAACGCA